GAAGAUAUUAAGUCACACUACCGGCUGCUGUAAAUGACACGGUUCCUUUCUUGCCUAUGUAACCCAUGAAACCACAGGACAAGAGCUCAUUCUGCUCUCCUCAGCUGUGGUCAGUGUGGCAAUGCACAAUAGAAGGGGACAGGAGUCUAGGUUUGGACAACCCUCCUCCGCUGGGUGCAUUGGACCAAGUAAAGUGAUGAGCUGGUCUCCAGUAGUUGGUGAGUCCCUGAUGGUACUGAAGUUUCCUUAGAGCACAUGUUAAUGCGGUGGACUCGCUCUCUCUGUAGUGCCAGGGUUGAACAGCCUUGAAUUCUCCUAGUGCUGGACUCUAGGAAGCCAUAUUUUGUUUGCCAAACUGGAAACCCCCCAAUGCAAAUGAACAAGGUGAAAUGGAAGAGCAGCAGCUUUCGGUGGAUGAUGACCUCUUACCCAUAUAUUAUGCUCGACCUGACAUAGAAACGGACACCUUGCUUGGGGUUUGUCAGGAAUACAAGGCCGAAGCCAGUGUGUUCCCCUUGUUGAACCAUGACGCAAAGACUCAUGAGAGGUCCAGCCAACAUCCUCGCAAAGAUCAAGUAGACACCAAAGAGUCUGGUUGCAUCUCAGGUACUAAUGCUGAGAACUGUUGUAGAGGCCAGGCAUAUUCAGAACCCCAAAGGGAUGUCCAGCUUGAUCCCCAGGCACCAUUUUUAUUUAAAUCCACCAACAUGAAGACCCAAGUCAACUCCUCGUCCAAAAACAUCUCUGCUCAGGAUGUCUUUUUGGCGAGCUUACUUCAGGCACAACUAUGUGUGAUGGAUCUCCAAGAUGAGAUUGAUCAUUCGGAGAACUGUACCACGAGGAGAAUGCAGGAAUCCAGACCUUACAUUGAGGUGGAUGCUUUAGUGGACGAGGAACUUCCCACUUUGGAAGAGGACCAAGAAAGCGAUGAUGCUUCCUAUUCAGAAGUGGAGGUGGAAGAUGAGAGUUUAUUUUGUGAUAAUCCCUUGUUUAGAAACUCUACGACUUCAUGUCCAGUGGUUGAAAGUACACAGCAAUGUAUUACCACUUGUGACCUGGCAGAAGCUAACGGGAGCCAGCAGCUGCCAACACAGGACGUCUGGGAGAUUAAAAUAUUAGGUACGAGAACAGAUGUGUGGCAUCAGAUGACACGGGAAGAGUCGCUGGAGGAGCUCCAGAUUUAUGAGGAUGAGUGGGAGGAGAAGUGGGCAUUGUCUGAAAACCCAAGGACCAAUAAAUGGCUUGUUUCUGAUACUCAACACAGUACCCAGAAGGAUGUCUUAAGAAGAACAGAAGAAACCCAGAAGAGUAUGACGGCAUUAAACUCUACAGCAAGCGUGACCGAAACCUCUGCCACCCAGGAGGCCACUCAUGAAGACGAGGGUUUACUGUUUUCCGAUUCUAGUUUCUGGACCAAAUUGUUAAUUGAAGAUGAGAAACCUGAGCAGAAGAAUCCACCGCCUCAAGCAUUUCUGGACAACAUGUGCACUCCGCAGGAGACUGGUGGAGACAUUGUGCUCAUGCAGUGCCCUGAGAGAGACAUGCCCAUAGAGAACCACGAGGAAGGAGAGGCACAUCUGGUGUGCCAAGGCUGUCAAGGCAAGGAACACGUGGCCGGUAGAGUGCCAAUGCAGGGCAAGGCAGAAGAAAUGGACGCUCGGCAGUGUCCUCCAGAGAUUGUAAUAGACCUAUCAGAUGAUGUGUCCACUGAUCUGGAGACUUCUGGCUCUGAGGAGGCAACCUAUGUGGAGGCCGUAGCCAGGAGUCAGGAUGUGGAGGCAGUUCGAUGUUUGGCGUUGAAAUUAUUCCAUCUGGAUGGUUUUGACAGAUCUCAGGUCGCUCCCUACCUUCAGAAAAAUAAUGACUUCAGUGCCUUGGUCGCCGAGGAAUACCUUGCACUUUUCGACUUCACAGGGAAAAGCCUGGAUAUGGCUCUCAGGUCUCUGCUGCAGGAACUGGUACUGACUGGGGAAACACAGGAGCGAGAGCGUGUCCUCUUCCAUUUCUCCAAGCGCUUCCACAGCUGCAACCCUAAAGAUUUCCGCUCUGCAGAUGCUGUUCACACUAUGACCUGCGCCCUCAUGCUGCUCAAUUCAGAUCUACAUGGACAGAAUAUCGGGAGGAGCAUGACGUUACCAGAAUUUAUUAAUAAUCUUGACGGUAUGAAUGAUGGCAGCAAUUUUCCACGGGAGCUUCUGAAGGGUUUGUACAACUCGAUCCGUACUGAGAAGUUGGAAUGGGCCGUGAAUGAAGAAAGACUGCCCAACACCCGACUUACAAGACCCGAGAGUCUUAUGUCUGUUCGGAAAAGAAGCAACCCUUUUGUGGACAUACCUGCUCCUGACCCAGAUGCUCCGGUGUACAAACAAGGAGUGCUCUGCCGUAAAGUGCACGCUGAUGCUGAUGGAAAGAAAACUCCAUGGGGAAAACGAGGCUGGAAAUCCUUUCACGCGGUAUUGAAGGGGAUGCUGCUCUUCUUGUUAAAGGAUGAGUACAGGUCUGACUUCCAUUUUCCUGAGGAGGUGAUCAGUGUGCAUCAUUCUCUGGCCGAGAGAGCCAGCGAGUACACCAAGAGACCCAACGUCUUCCGGCUGCAGACCGCCGACUGGCGCGUGUUCCUCUUCCAGACUCAGACACCAGAAGAGAUGAACUCAUGGAUGAUCCGUAUUAACUUGGUGGCAGCUAUGUUUUCAUCACCGCCAUUUCCAGCUGCUGUCGGUUCCCAAAGAAGAUUUUACAGACCCAUCCUUCCCUCCGCUGCAUGUAAACUGGACCUGGAAGAGCAACUUCAGUCCCAUGAAUCCUUGAUGGACAGGUUUACAGAUGACCUGACAGAGCAUCAGCGGAAUCUUCCAGACUCCAAGAGCAAAACGCGAGAAUGGGAGGACUAUCACCUGCGAGGAGACUACUUGCGUUUUGAGAAAUUAAGGUACGAAACCUACGUGAAGCUUUUAGUCCUACGGAUGGAGAACGGCUGUGAAGACCUCCAGACCUUAGAGUCUCGCCUUACAGAACCUGAUGGAGAGCACGAGAGCUCUGGCCUAAAACGCUCCUACUCCAGCCCCUCGCUGAACCCCGAGAGUUCUGCCAUGGAGGUGAAGGUCAAACGUAAUAUCUCCGAGCGGAGAACGUAUCGCAGGAUUAUCCCCAAGCGCAAUAAAAACUUAGUGUGAUCGGUGAACCCAACUCAGGACAGAACUUAUGCCGGAAAGCCUGCACUUUUCAUGGUACCUCACUAUGUGCAGCAUAAACAGGGACCACUGAUUGCCUUUAUAUCCAAUGCGAAGGGAAAUCUGACGAGAUUGUGCAUGGUGUGUCCUUACACAAGAAGGAACUCUAGGAACUCUAUGGGAUUCUUAACCAGUAUUAAUGGUAGUGUGUGUGCGCGCAAACGCUAGGGUGUUAACAUUAGCUAGAAUGGCUUUUUGGUCUAGAUCUGUGGAUUCAUAUUUUCAUACCUAGGAACUGGGCCCUUCACUAGGCACAGUCAAUCUGCACUUCUAGUUUUGGCCACUAGCUGGCGCUGUGGUACAACUAAGCUGAAGAGCUAAUGUAGACUUACUGAUGAAUAGGAUUUAAGAAGAAGAUUUCCUCUAUAACAGAAAAAUCACCAGUAAUGAAAGCGGUGUCCCAGGAACCAGGGAGUCCCGCAAAGCACCCUAAUGACACACAAAUUGUCUGUAGGAGAAACUUUGUAAUAUACUUACCAUUCCAAAAUUGCAUGGAUCAGCCUUCGGAGGGCUCUGUCACAGGAUGCUCCUCUUCCGAGAAUCUUGCUUCCAGCCAAAGCUAUGGAUGGGACGUUACUUAGGGUCCAUUCACAGGUCCGCAAUUCUGUUCCGCAUUUUGCGGAAUCGAAUUGCGGACCCAUUCAUUUCUAUGAGGGGAUCCGCACUUCCGGGUUCGCAAUUCCGUUCCCGAAAAAAAUA